AUGCAAGUGGACAAGUGUGCGUGUGUCUGUUUCCCUGCGUGUGUGCGUGUGUUCAUCCUUACGCUACUUCGUAGGCAAACCACGUGUGCAGUCACAUGUCCUUAUUGCAAGAGGCGAGCGGAAGGAGGGGCAAUGACUUGCAACAUUACUCCCUCGAGAAUGAGUUUUUUUUUUCUCUCCUUCUUUUUCUAUCUUUUAUUCCAUCUCUCUCUCUCUCUCUCUCUCUCUCUCUCUCAUUCUCGGUGUAUAUUUUUACUCUGGAUUUUUGCGCUUUCUUUUUCGCUGUCUCCCUCUCACUUUCUAAUUCCACUCUCUCUCUAUCUAUCUCUCUUUCAUUGUCCCUUUCUAUUCCCAAUUGCUUUUCCUUCUCACUCUUUUUCUUCUUUUUUCUCACUUUCGUUCUCUCUCCUUUCGCUCUUUACUCUUUCUUUCUCUCUUUCUACUAUUUCUCUCUACCUUUUCAAUCAUUCCAUACACUAUUUCCUCUCUCCGUCUCUCUCUUUUUCCCUCCUUCCCUUUCUCCUUCCUUCUCUCUCCUUACUUCUAUCUCUCACGCCCUUUUCACUUUCGUUUCUUCUAUUUCUCGUUCUUUCUCUCGGUUUAUUUGAUAUCGUUUUCUUUGUCUGUCUUGCUCUCUCACUCUCACACUCUCUCACUCUCUCACUUCGCUUCUCUUUUUCUCUCUUUUAUUUUCUCUCUUUCACUUUUGUUCUGUUUUCCUCUUUUCCUUAUCUUUAUUUGUUCUUUAAUCUAUCUCUAUAUCACUCUCCUUCUCUCUCACACCUUUUAUUCUCUCUACUCUGCAUUCUUAUUUCAUUCGUCUCCCUCUAUUUAUUCUCUUUCAGUAUUCGCGCCAAUCGAAUGGCAGUGAGUUGUGACAGUCGAAUCCAAUCCUUGGCCAUCCGAUGA